GUGUCAGACAGGUGUGACUAUGUGUUUGUGAAUGGGAAGGAGAUGAAGGGCAAGGUGAGGAUGAUGGUGAACUUCACCUACAGCUACCUGAGUGCUCAGCUGGAGAUGAACGUGUGGAUCCCACGGCUGCCCCUCCAGAUCGAGGUGUCUGACACAGAGCUCAGCCAGAUCAAGGGGUGGAGGGUUCCCACCACGGCAAGCAGCCAAAGGUAUGUGUCCCUCUUCCCCUUCCAUAGAAUCACAUAGACAAGCUUUUCACCCAUGCUGUCCUAGCCAGGUAAGUGGACAGACAAUUGGAAAUGGGAUGAUUGAAAGAGCAUGCACAACAGCUCUUAUCUUAGACAUAAGAUACUUUGUUCUGCACUUUGUAUGAACACUAUUAAUAUAUAAAUGCCUGCCAUAUUUAUCUCCAGCCAACAUUAUGUUCUGGCAGAACAGGAUCUUGUUGUUUGCUAAUGACAAAUACCUUAUUAUUGGAAACUAUACUCUUAUUGUAAAUUCCAAAUCGACAUAAAUGUUAAACGUCUUAGAUGUUAAGUCCCCCAUAUCUUUCAGCGGUUCUGGAACGGUUCCAACUGAUAUUUUGCAGUACAAAGUGCUCUGUGAACGCCGUAGGGUCCCGUGCCUAAAAUGCCAAAAAGUCACAUCUGUUUGCUCUCUGUUUCCACUCUCUAAGAGGAGCUGAAUUGAAGUGUCAGGUUUCAGACCCUACAUUUGCAUGGGGAGUGACGUGUCACAUUUUCUGGCCCAUCCAGACAAAUAAUCAAUUAUCUCUUCCGCUGAGUGAGUGAGCCCAGCUUGAGAGACUGCAAAUGAAUGGUGACAGUCUAGCGAGUCCAGCCAUUGUGGUUUUAUCUCACUGUGAUAUUCUCAGCCGGAUCUAGAGCUCUCAACAUGAACAAAAUACUAAAUAAUUUCAUAUAAUUUAAAUAAGAUCACUUUCUCUUGGUCACGUGCUUAAAGCUACAACGAGUCUGCACACAUUUGAACGUUGUCUCUGCACCUCUCAGUGGACGUUUAGGAGAAAAUGAGCUGUCGAGAGUUAGACUUCAGUGCGGCUUUUGACAUUAUUGAUCAUAGUCUGCUGCUGGAAAAACGUAUGUGUUAUGGCUGUACUCCACCUGCUAUAUUGUGGAUACAGAGUUACCUGUCUAACAGAACAGAGAGGGUGUUCUUUAAUGGAAGCCUCUCCAACAUAAUCCAGGUAGAAUCAGGAAUUCCCCAGGGCAGCUGUCUAGGCCCAUUACUUUUUUCAAUCUUUACUAAUGACAUGCCAGAGUGUCUAUGUAUGUGGAUGACUCAACACAUUUUACAUUACAUUUUAGUCAUUUAGCAGACGCUCUUAUCCAGAGCGACUUACAGUUAGUGAAUACAUAUAUAUUUUUUAUACUGGCCCCCCGUGGGAAUCGAACCCACAACCCUGGCGUUGCAAACACCAUGCUCUAUCAACUGAGCUACAUCCCUGCCGGCCAUUCCCUCCCCUACCCUGGACGACGCUGGGCCAAUUGUGCGCCGCCCAUGAGUCUCCCGGUCGCGGCCGGCUGCGACAGAGCCUGGAUAGUGCCUUAGACCACUGCGCCACUCAACACUAUACAUGUCAGCUACUACAGUGGCUGAAAUGACUGCAACACUUAACAAAGAGUUGCAGUUAGUUUCAGAGUGGGUGGCAAGGAAUAAGUUAGUCCAACAUAUUUCUAAAACUAAAAGCAUUGUACUUGGGACAAAUCAUUCACUAAACCCUAAACCGCAACUAAAUCUUGUAAUAAAUCAUGUGGAAAUUGAGCAAGUUGAGGUGACUAAACUGCUUGGAGUAACCCUGGAUUGUAAACUGUCAUGGUCAAAACAUAUUGAUACAACAGUAGCUAAGAUGGGGAGAAGUAUGUCCAUAAUAAUGUGCUGCUCUACCUUCUUAACAGCACUAUCAACAAGGCAGGUCCUACAGGCCCUAGUUCUAUCACACCUGGACUAUUGUUCAGUCAUGUGGUCAGGUGCCACAAAGAGGGACUUAGGACAAUUGCAAUUGGCUCAGAACAGGGCAGCACGGCUGGCCCUUGUAUGUACACAGAGAGCUAAUAUUAAUAAUAUGCAUAUCAAUCUCUCCUGGCUCAAAGUGGAGGAGAGAUUGACUUCAUCACUACUUGUAUUUAUGAGAGGUAUUGACAUGUUGAAUGCACCGAGUUGUCUGUUUGAACUACUGGCGCACAGCUCGGACGCCCAUGCAUACCCCACAAGACAUGCCACCAGAGGUCUCUUCACAGUCCAGAACAGACUAUGGGAGGUGCACAGUACUACAUAGAGCCAUGACUACAUGGUACUCUAUUCCACAUCAAGUAACUGAUGCAAGAGGUAAAAUUAUAUAAAAAAACAGAUUAAAAAAACACCUUAUGGAACAGCGGGACUGUGAAGCAACACACACAUAGGCACAGACAGAUGCAUACACACACAUGAUAACAUACGCACUAUACACACACGUACACAUGGAUUUUGUACAGUUGAUAUGUGGUAGUGGUGGAGUAGGGGCCUGAGGGCACACAGUGUGUUGUGAAAUCUGUGACUGUAUUGUAAUGUUUUUAAAAUUGUAUGAACUGCCUUAAUUUUGCUGGACCCCAGGAAGAGUAGCUGCUGCCUUGGCAGCAGCUAAUGGGGAUCCAUAAUAAAUACAAAUACAAAAAUAUGAAUUAGUGCCAAUAUUGUACUGUCAUUAAGUAUGAUCAUAUUUAUUUUACAGUUAUAAGAAAUGUGAAAUCUUAUUGUAAGUCAUUUAUAAUUUGAUUGUUACUAUAUUUAGAAAGCAUUUCAGUCAUUUCAAGCCUUAUUGCCCCACUUUUGUUGAAAAGGAAAAAAAUAUGAUUUUUCAUAUAUUCAUAAUAUUUAUACUAUGUACUUGCGCUUGUGUCCUCAAAAGUGAGUACACCUCAGCAAUUUAUAACCAUUUUUAUCAGAAAGGUGAGUUCCAGACCUUUCUAAAACUAUGCAACAUUACCACUUAUUGUUUAUGGCCAUCAUGAAAAAUAAUUAUGUUUGAGUAUGUCUAUUUAGGCGGAAGUCAAAAUGUUGUCCUAUCAUUCAACUUAAAGUGCAAUGUUGUUUUUAAAAUUGAAUGACCCUGUACCAGUGCCUCUUGCCCCUCUAUAUUAAGUAUAUCCUCCCUUGUGUGUAGUAUUGCGUACAGAGGGAGCCCUGAUCACACUGACUGUAUUGGAUUACUGUCACGGUGGGCUCACACAGGGUAAUGAGGGCAAGUGUUGGACACAACUACCAUGGUUGCUUCUGGUUCCUUCUGGCUCACUGCAGGGCCUGACAUUAUUAGAGCUGUCUGAAGGUCACACAUCUCCCCACCGGGGCCGAGGCCUCGUCUCCAAUAGCACCUUACCACCAUUCUGCUGGCCUCACACUCUUUGACAUCUAUCAAUGGAGGGAGCAGACAUCAGGUCAACCUAGUGUAAUUAGUACUGGACAUGUUCACUAUUGGACCUGGUUUGAGUCCCAUCUCUCACCUGCCAGCCUGGAAAUGAAGGUGUCUGGCUCCUUUAUAAUUAGCUGUUACCUUAUUCAACAUUUUCACUGACUGAGCUGAGAGGCAUAUAGUUUGGAUUUGUGGGGGCUUGUUGUGUUAUGUAGGAUGUUGUUUUCCAACUGUGUGUUGGUAUGCCCCUAUCAGCAGGAACAGCCCAUUUCUGUUGUCCUUGUUGAUGAGAGUGUGUCCGGUCUGGCAUGGCUGCUGACAGACCGCUGGGAGUUUGUUCCCUCCCUGUCCUCCUCUCAUCUUUGUUUAUCAGGGAAUAACAGGCGUAACCUUGCAAAGUAGCGGGGUGACUGGUGACGAGAGCGGGCACCGGGCACCCGUCCACAGUCGAAGGAACCCACAGAGCACUGGCCCAGUCAGAGCCACAAUACCAAGAGAAGGGACCUGCCUCCGUCAGAUAGGCUGCUAAGUGAUCCACACAGACAAGAGAGAGAGAGAGAGAGAGAGAGAGAGAGAGAGAGACCGACCAUUGGGAUCCAGAUUAUGUGUGUCCAGGCCUGGGAGUGGGGUGUUUGCCAGAACGCUAGCUCCACAGUCUUGCAUUUGCGGGGUUUGCCUCCCCCUCGCAGCAGCCCCCACCAAUACUUGUACAUGGUAAGUGUUUACAGGCAGGCACAUUCAUUAAUUCCCCUCGCUCAGGGAUACAAGUGUGCUCUCUGUGAGGGAUGUGCAACAUGUCAUGAUGAUUUUGUUCUCAUGGCUAUGUUUCCUUUGUUCCGGGACCGGGUUGCCUUUGUGAAGGGUUCUUAUGUUCUGUUUUUAGAACAUCUGCAUGUUUCUCUAUAUAAGGGCUUGUGUAUUGUCCUCAAAUGCUGACCUUGACAAAACAAUGUCACUUACUGUACUCUUUCGACAUUACAAUUUGGACACGCUCUUAAAUAGGCGGCUGGUAGCCUAGCGAUUAAGAGCUUUGGGCUAGUAACAAAAAGGUUGCUGGUUCGAAUCCCCGAGCCGACUAGGUGAAAAAUCUGUCGAUGUGCCCUUGAGCAAGGCACUUAAUCCUAAUUGCUCCUGUAAGUCGCUCUGGAUAAGAGCGUCUGCUAAAUGACAAAGAAAUGUACAAUAAAAAGCAAUCAAUGUUCUUGGAAGAAAAAAUGCAGCUGCAGUACCGUCCAUCUCUCUCUCCAAAUGACCUUCAUUACAUCUUUGUAACAGAAAAGGAACAUGCAGCAAAAUGCCAAAACAAAUACCCGACAGAAUCCAUGGGGAAGUGGAAAAUCAGCAUGACACAAACAUUAAUAUGCAUCUGUUCCGAAGCUAAAUUUGGAAAUGAGAGUGAAUGAAGCACAGAGAGAAAUUGCUUUCAGAUACAGGUUGUUCCCAGAGUUUGAUUCGUCUAUUAGAUUAACCAUAGAUUAGAUUGGAGAUCGCUGCACAGUGCCCUGCUGCAGAUUAGAUUUAUGCCAGGAGUAAAAUACCAGCUAGGUAGGGAUUGGGAGCCAUCAGUUGAUAAUGCACACAUGACUUCUGAUUGAUAUGCCCUCUGUGGCCCACUCACACUGCCCCCAAUCACAUCCUCAUACUGCACCAAUCACAUCCUCACAUGGGCCCAAUCACAUCCUCAUACUGCACCAAUCACAUCCUCACACUCUGCCCCAAUCACAUCCUCACCCUGCCCCAAUCACAUCCUCACAUGGCCCCAAUCACAUCCUCACCCUGCCCCAAUCACAUCCUCACACUGCCCCAAUCACAUCCUCACACUGCCCCAUCACAUCCUCACACUGCCCCAAUCCCAUCCUCACUCUGACCCAAUCACAUCCUCACUCUACCCCAAUCACAUCAUCACACUGCCCCAAUCACAUCCUCACUCUACCCCAUUCACAUCAUCACACUGCCCCAAUCACAUCCUCACACUGCCCCAAUCACAUCCUCACUCUCUGCCCAUACUCUGACUAAUCCUCUAGACUGGACCUAGCCACUACCCAGACCCUGUUCCUAGGAGCUGGAAGACCCUCACUGUAGAGAGUAUGAGUGGAUAAGUAUGAGUGCACAGUAAUCUGUCAAUAAACAAGAUAAAUUGAACCCUAACCACAGUUAAAUUGGAAAUGUCACGCUAGAGUGUAAUAAAGGCAGACAGGCUUUUGCAGUUCUUUAUUCACUUUCCUUUUUGUAUUAUGUCUUACUGAAGACUAAUUCCUUGAUUGAUGUGAAAUAACCCUUGUCCUGAAAUCCCUCUGAUCUUGUCAGUGGAAGUCCUGUGCCUUAACUCUACUACCCAAGGCUGAUCUCUAACACGCUUAGCUAGUGUCUUCAUUGCCAUACCCUGUUUUGCCACACAUCGAAGGAUACUAAUUAAGGGUGUUGGACAGGGAAACAGAGACAAUGAGAGAGGAUAAUCAAAAGAAUAACAUUUCAAGUGAAUAACUUUCACUCUUUUCUCUCCCAUCAUGGUAUCAAACCUUGUGUGUGUGUGUGUGCGUGUAGCCAUGUGUGUGUAUGUGUAGUCAUGUGUGUGUGUAUGUGUAGGCAUGUGUGUGUCCGUGCAUGUGUGUGUGUGUUUAUGGUCAGACAUGAGGUGAUGAGGUGAUGAGGCAGCAGGACAAGCGAAGCCCUGUGAUUAUUACACUGUUGACGAAGCACGCCUGUCCGGUCCCGUUGCUUGACAUCAGUGCUGCUGUGGCAGCAUUUACUCACACAAAGCAAACACUACUAUUUAUCUCACUAGAAGUGAGCUGUGUAUCUAUGACAUACAAUUACUUGUUUAAAAGCAACUUUAUAGGUAAAUUCCACAAAAGCAACCUUGUAAGCCUUGUUUUCACAUUGCAAGAAAUAUUCUAAUUGAGAAAGUCCAUUCUUUAAGAUGAUUGGUUGCCUAUAGCAACCUGAACAGGAUUUGCUAUCAGUGGGUGGGUGUUAGAUGUUCAUGUUAGACAUGUCCAGAGGUUAGUUUAGGCUUUCAUGUUAUAUGACUGCCUUUGUUUGUGAUGGCAGGUCUGCACGGGACAGUGAUGAUGAGGAUGAUGAAGACCGGAGAGGGAGGAGCUGCACGUUACAGUACCAGAAUGCCAUGGUUCGAGUUUUGACAUACUUUGUGGCCGAAUCCACCGACCCACGUGGUCAGCUGACCUUCAUGCUGGGCAGUGAUUGGCAGGUGGACAUCACUGGGCUGGUGUGGGACUUCCUGAAGGUGGAGAACCCCCAGAUAGCUCAGCUACAGGACAGACGCAUACUUGUGGGACUAGACAUGGGGAUGACCACCAUCCAG